CUGGAUUAAUCCAUAGCCUUUCCGGAUUACCUUGUCCAUUCUCUCUGGUCUCUCUCUCGCCUGUUGCCUGUACUGGACCGCAAAUUGUUAAAGGGCUCCUGCUAUAUCUUUGCUAUCUAUACUGGAUCUGCCGGAGCUAUUGUCCUUCUCUUUUCAUUGUUAAAAAAAAAAAAAGCUCCAGGACUCCGAGUCCAAUUUCAAGGAAAAUGAGCAACACUUCUUCAAAUUCAAGCUCGACCUCUUGUGCCAGGCCUGAGGACCGAAUAGGACAAUUACUCGCUGGACGUCUGGAGCUCACGGGAAUCCUUGGUGUGGGUGCUUAUGGGGUUGUUUACACGGCUGUCGAUAUCUUUUCCUGCACCCCAUUUGCCGUGAAAGCCCUGUCAAAGAUUGGAUUGGAUGCCCGCCAGAAGCGAUUUCAGCAAAGGGAAAUUGCUCUUCACCACAGGGCCAGCGCUCACCCGGGCGUUGUCUCCCUGGUGAAGAUACUCGACACUGCCGAUUGUACUUUUGUCAUCAUCGAAUACUGCCCUGAAGGUGACCUUUUUACCAACAUCACUGAGCGUGGACAAUAUGUGGGUAAUGAUGCUUUGGCCAAGAGAGUUUUCCUUCAGCUUUUAGAUGCCGUGGAACACUGCCAUAAUCUUGGAAUUUACCAUCGCGAUCUGAAGCCGGAGAAUGUAUUAGUUUCCAACGGUGGCCUCCAGGUCAAGCUGGCGGACUUUGGGCUCGCUACUACAGAAACCGUCACCUCAGACUUUGGCUGUGGCUCGACAUUCUACAUGUCGCCUGGUGAGAUUACGAAUUUUUAUUUUUAUUUUUAUUUUUGAAUUCUGGCACUUUUUUUUCUUUUUUCUUCCUAAGCUAAUCGAAUUCUAGAGUGCCAACAAUCUGCCCCACGCAAUGUUAGCUGCUAUGCUUCCGCUCCUAAUGAUGUCUGGUCCCUGGGCGUUAUAUUGGUCAACCUGACCUGUGGCCGGAACCCUUGGAGGCGGGCCUCCCCUUCAGAUAGUACAUUCCGUGCCUACUUGAAGGACCCACGAAUGCUCAGGACCAUAUUGCCUUUGUCUCCGGAACUUGAUGCUAUUCUUCGAAUGAUCUUUGAGUGCAAUCCCCAGAAGAGGAUUAGUAUCCCGGAGUUGCGAUACCGUAUCAUGUCUUGCCGCAGGUUUACCACUGGCCCAAACCCUAUGGAUAGCCCGCCUCUUUCCGAGGCUUCUGAUAGCUCUGAUCUUGUCGAGCCUGAUGUUUUCCAUCUUGCCUCAACACCUUACCACUCCCAGGCCCCAGGCGUUUUCACCCCCGAUUCAACGCCAUCCACCACGCCUCAAACUACCCAAGCCUCUCGUCAGAAUCCAUACAUGUUCUCGAAACGACUCACAAAACCUCCAUCCGAAUCAUCAUCCGAAUCGCCAUACUACCAUGAUGCAUCUAAUUCAUCCUCGGGAAACACUAGCCCCAUCAUCGUGCCAGUCACCCCGUCAGAUUUCCCGCCAUCUCCCGGCUCGAAGUUGUGGCAUUUGUCAAUUUUCCCAUCGAUAGGUGGCGCUAAAAGGGUGCAAUCGCCUACUCUUCCAGUUUCGAAGGGUGUUCGGGUCUUCUAGAUGCCUAUCGGUCAGACGAUGCGAACACCGGACGGUUUUGGCCCUCCCCCUCCCAGGAAACAGUCCCUAAGGAGUGGUGGAUACUAUCGUGGGGCACAAAGGCUGGAAAAAGACUACCAUCCUUAUUCUUACUGCUUGGGUUGGCAGGGUUUUUCUUUCUUUCUUUUCUUUCCCCUUUGCUCGCGACGUGCGACGAUUUCGUUCGCAUGCUGAUACACUUUCUUGGGUUUGGGCUUUUCAUGGGUGUGGGAGUGGGUUCGUUUGGAAUCGGUUUUCCACUGGUUUUUUUUUUCUUGUUUUUUUUCAUUAUCACUUUACGGAUAGCGUUGGGUCAAUAAGGAGUUUUACUGGCUUUUUCUUUAUCUCUUUAUUACAUUUCUCCUGUAUCUAUUACUUUUCCACCUUUCCCUCCCUAUUCUUUCCUGAUCGUGCGCUCGGCAUUCCCACCAGCGCACGCGAUGGACCGGACGCGUUGGGAAUUUUUUUACCCUUCAAGCACUUUUUUGUCUGUAUGUAUUUAUGUAAGUACCGAGGGAGCUAUUGGGGUGCACGCCGGAGCCGGGUGGUGUGGAUUUCUUUUCCCCCGAGUCGUGUUUACUUUUCUUUUGUCAUUGGGUUUGGGCUUUUUUUCCUUUUUUAUUCAAACGGGUUUUCUACGGCGUCUUGCAUAUAAAGCAUGUCUUUUUUUUUAUUUUCCCCAUCAUAUUUUUUUAUUUUCGCGUUUUCCCCGCCAAAACAUCUAUUGGAUAUCGCGC